AAAACAAAAUCAGUGAACAAAUGAACACAAAUACAACUCUGCAUAUAAUAACUGAAACACGAAAACUUAAAUUCUAAAUAAUAUUAACAAAUUACUUAUUUUACUGAUGAUUACUGAUUACUGAACGUAUUUUUCAAACUUUAAAAAUUUUUAAUACAACAAACCGGCAACUGAGAAAGAAGCGGGAAAGCAAGCAGGACGCGUUGACGAAGGAUCACGUCUUACGCAAAUGCUAUAGAAUACUUUAUUGUCAAAUUUUGUGUUGUUUAAUAACAUCCCAAGGUACAACAUGGACCACAUAACUCAAUUAAAUGCUGAAGCAACAACUCCAACUACCAUUAGACGAACAAGAGGAGCGCUAGCAGACUUGUCUCGCCAAUUGAUUGCAGUUUCUUUGCUUACCACCCCCAAUAACCAGAUGCCAAGUUCAAUGGAUACUCCUACCUCAUCUCCUGAAGAAAUGGUUAUAAAACUUAGAGGCCAAAAAAACCCUGUCACUUGGAGCCCAUUGUCACUUAACGAAGUUAGAAAACUUUCCCACUAUGAAGUAACACCAACUAAAGAUGCAACACCUACACGUGUUAUGCUUGGAUUAAGAUGUAGUCCCAGGAAAAGGCUCCAAUUGAAUGAAACUGGAGAGACCAUAUCUAUGUCUCCACCUGAAAAAAUGAGAAAGCUUUCAUCAUCAUCAAACAGAAAACCAAUAAAGUUAGAAGACGAUCCUGUGCCAUUAGAUCUUGUUCUUAAUGGAUUGUCUCGUUCUCAGCUCAUUAGCGUUAUUCAGAAUCUGGCAACAAUAAACGAAGAAGUCAAACAAAAACUAGAGUCUUUACUCCCAGAACCAGACCUGCAACCCAUGUUGGAUGAACUAUCAUAUUUAAAGAAAAAUAUUUUUAAAUCUUUACCGAAUUGUCGAUUGUCGUCCAAAACGGAUUCCGCCGCUUACAACAAAACAUCAGUUCAUCUUUCGGCUUUUAAGAAACGUCUCUUGGAUUACUGUAAGCAGCUAGUAGAAAGUAGACAAUGGAAAAGUGUUGUUGAGUUUACGUUGAAUGCUUGGAAUCUUGUAAAAGCUACUCCUAUAUGGGAUAACGCACAACAUAAUUCUGUAAGAAAACAAUGUUUCAAAUCUCUUAGUACCAAUUGCUUGAAAGCUCUGAAGAGCGCUGAUGGAGAAUUAGAAUGGAGGCAUGAAAUAAAAAAACGACUCGAGCGUUUACGAGGUGAUAGCGACGAUCUCGACAUGUGCAUUGCCUAUCUUGAUACAGCUGAUGGAUAACCUGAAUUCGUAAUACGUAACUAAGAAACUAACACUGCCUCUAUCGCUGAUUUUUAGCAGAGAAAUGACUAGUAAAUACAAUUUUUUUUAACGGGAA